GGGAAGAACAUUUCUCUUCAUCCGAUCUCCUUCUCUCUGCUUGGUUUUAGCAUACGAAAACACAAAGCAGUGUCUUAGCAAAACAAGAAAUGGCUUCCAAAGCUUUGCUUCUCUUAUGUCUCUUUGCUGUUCUUCUCGUUGUCUCCGAGGUCACAGCAAGAGAUCUCGCUGAAACCUCGACCGAAAAGAAGAAUGACGCCGCGGAAGAGGCACAACACCCUGACCAGUACGGAGGAGGAUAUGGUCCCGGCUACGGCGGACGCGGUGGAUACGGCCGUGGAGGGUAUGGCGGACGCGGAGGGUACGGUGGUGGCGGUUAUGGCGGACGCGGCGGAUACGGCGGACGCGGUGGAUACGGCGGAGGAGGUGGCUGCCGGUACGGAUGCUGCUACAGAGGAUACUACGGUUGCUCGAGGUGCUGCUCUUACGCCGGCGAGGCUGUUCAGACUGAGCCGGAGAACGAGCCUGGAAACUAAACCUAUAUAUAUAUAGUGUGUAUGUAUAUAUAUGUGCAUGCAUUUACGUAAACUAGGCCGUGCAUGGUUGUGGGAUCUAUAUAUAUACACUCUAAAGUGUACGUAUGGGGGGAAAACCUGCAUGGGGGCCGGCUACCACAAUAAUGAAGUACGUACGUCCAUGCAUAGACUAAAUAAAAGGUUGUGGAAGUUUCUGUUUUUAUUUCAUGUUGGUCUGUAACCGUUGGAGUUGUAAUCCUUGUGGUCUGCGUAAUAUAGUGUUUUGCUUAAAUUUAAAUAUCACGAAAUUUCCUUC